AUGAGCGGGACAUCCCGUCGACCGAGCCCUCCACCCCAAAGGAGGCCUUCUCGAUCGAAAUCCUUGAUACAGAGGGUGGAGGAGUUUGAGCGCAGGGACUAUCUGGAAAUGCUCGACAGACUCACGCGCGACAAUCUUAACCUGCAACGAGAUGUUCUGCACUAUCAAAGAGAGUGGUGCGCAUUGCUGGAUCUACUCCAAUACGUGAAUGAGGCUUUGGUGAGACUACAGAAUGCCCUGGCCAAAUGCUUUCAGGAGCAAGUAGAUGCUGAAGAAUACUGGCUUACAUCCUGGGGAAUCGAAGACGAAAUCACCAGAGGUGCGGGAUAUAAUCCAACCGGAUGGGUCUAG